AUGUCUCUCCCUUGGGUGAAGGAAGUCCAGAAGUUGUUGGCAGAUGAUGCUUUGCCUAUCAACAUGAAGGCAUCAAAGACAAUGGCAGAGCUGGAGAAAGCAGGGAUGGUGUGGAGCAGCAAGCUGAAACCAAAUCAGGUGCUGGUACAUCCCCAGAACAGAUCUGGGCAGAUGUGCAACCCACACGAUGUCCUGCAAAAAGGCCUUGCCAUUUCAGAAGUGGGGUGGGAGCUGGCAAAGGUCAGGUCACCUGUUGGCGUCCAAAUUGGCUCAGGGGCCCAAAGGGAUGCAAUCUUUGAUGCCAAUCAGAGGUUGCAUGACCAAUCUGGCGGGAUUAUGGCAAAGCCAUCUGGCCAAGAGACCAUUGCCUCAAUUUCAGCCAGCCACACAACUGCUUUUUUGAGAUGCGUGGAAAAUGGCUGCAAGCUUCCUGAUGAUACUUCAAUCGAGCAGCUGCUACAUCAAGGUGAUGACUUGCAGACGAUGAUUUCAGAUGGCUGGCUUUGGACAGUGGUAUCUGCCAAGGUGGAAGAAGAAGUUCCUGCAGUAUUGUCAGUGCUGCAGCAAGCAUACAACUGCGACCACAGCAUCGCCAAAGCGCCCAAUGAGUUGGAAGUGGCCCUUAGUAUUGCAACUUUCUACAGGAUGCAGCCAGAAGGGCAAAAGGACCUCAAGAAAGCAGUUGCUCAAGCUGCUGCUUCAGUCCCCCCUUGCAAAGCUUACAUCAAGUCUGUGGGCGACUUCGUGGCUAAUUUUGCUGGUGGAGAGUCCUUUGAAUUGCUGAAGUACCUGGACUACAUUGGCAAACACUUUGGUGGAACCACGCACUUUGGUGAGGAAUUCACCAACCUCUUAGCCCAUUGCGACUGGAAGGAGCCAAGCACCACCUUUCCUUUCAUUCGGGUGGCUUUGGCAUGCUGCCAGAUCACCGCGCCAAAGCAUGCCAUCAAGGAUGGCUUCAGCAGGCUGGUGGUGAAAGCAGACUGGGACAAGUUGAAGAACAAGAAAAUGGUGCCAGAAGUUUUGAAAGCAGAAGCUAUCAUGCAUGCAGGCUGGAAUAUGGCGACGCAUGCCCAGCUACCUUUGGAAAAAAUGGCACUGCCAUUUGGGAAGCUGCAAAUGCGCCUUGCUUUGCAUCUCUUGCAGAAAAAAGGAAGGGAGAUGGUGCAGUACAAGGACAUGGCAGAGAUCAAAGAGAAAUUUGCAAAGGACAUUGUGAAUGUCACCACCAAUCCAGAGCAAAGUUCCCAGGCUGCUGCAAGCUCCGAUGACAAGAGUUCUGUGAAGGCUUUGGCUGAAGCCACUGAUGCCAAAGCCAUUGCUUUGCAGGCCCACAAGCACAUCAAGCUGGGGGGCCACUACACCUUCAAGAAUGAGACGAAGAUUUGGCUCUUGACAGAUGUGACAGAUGAAAGGGUGAAGUUGGUACAUAGGCCCUUCUUCGAACCUGAGGAGAGGAAGGAAGUCUUGCACAAAGAUUUGAAAAUCUUGAAAGAAUGGACCAAGCAAGUACCUCACUUGGUUGGUGACGCUGUGAGGUCCAAGAUGCUUCCUUGUGCUUCUCCAUUUAUGCAGGAGGAGUUGGCCAAAGCUCGAGCACAAGUUGCCUUAUAUGAGAAAUUCCAAGAGCACCUCAACUGCAUUACUGUGUUGUGGCAAAGGAUUGGAGACGUGGAUGUGCUGGUUUCCAAUCAGAACCAGAUCUUUGCUGGCAGCAAGAUCAACAAGGGCAAGCUGUUACUGCUUCCUAUGGGCUCCUUGCAAGUAGCCUCUGCUGACCAAGUUUCGAAGACACAGUGCAUCAUCACUUCCAAUGACUUAGUUGGCCAAGUCUAUGUGGUGCAACCAUGGAGGUGCGAUUUCCCAAAGGGGAGUGGGCUGUUCAUCCCAUAUUGGAUGGUCAAGGAAGCAGCAAAACCUGAAGAUGCUUGCUUGCAAAAGCAUUCAGUGAAACUUGGCCCUUUGCACAUCCCUGCGUGCACCAACAAGAAGCAAAUUGACAAGGGUGUUGCCUUGCUUUGUGAGCCAUCAGAAGAUGGAACGAAGAAGAGGAAGGUCAAAUGA